AUGAGUGCAACUAUACCUGUUAAUAACGUACCGAGGUUGGAAGAGCGUCAUGGUGGUAGCAACACUAUGGGUGGGCCGCAGUAUGGAAACACUCGUAGGCAUUCGGCUCAGCCGAGGUAUAGCGACGAUUCGCCGAAGGAGUGGUAUCGCCAAUUAAGCGGUAGGGCGUCUGCCUCUCCUGAGUCACUCGGCCGUGGUUUAGUGCGACGUCAGCGUCAUAGCUCUGGUGAUACCGGUCCAAGCACGAGUGAAUAUGGAGAGCGCGUGAAUCGUCGUACUACUGAGACUAAGGAUUCGCCCUUGGUUGUCGAUCGUAAGAAGAGUAUGCCACGAAUUGAAAAAGGUGUGGUAGUGAUUGGGGAGGUCGGCGUGGGAGAAUAUCCUGAGGAGCAGAUGAGGAUGGUGAAGUGCCAACAAUGCGGUCGGAGCUUCAAUGAGGAGUCUAUAGGGAAGCACGAAGGAGUUUGUCGAAAGGUGUUCAAGGAGAAAAGACGCGAGUUUGAUAUUGUGGCUAAUCGUUUGCAUGGAUUUGAGAAUAAGGAUCAAUUGAUAAGGAAAGCCAUGCAGGAGAAAAGGAGAGGACCUCAGAAGGCCAAGCCGACUAAGUGGAAGCAACAGAGCGAGGCUUUUAGGGCUGCUAUUGCAUCGUGUCGAUCUACGGACCCUUAUGAGAGACAGGUGGCUGCUGCUAAGUUUGCAGAGUUACAAGCUGAGCAUGAACGCCAACACAUGGUCAAGUGUCCUCACUGUGGACGGACAUUUCACGAUGAGGCCUCUAAACGACAUAUUCCUAUCUGCCAGAAGACCUUUGCUACGGGUGGAGGCCGCCUUUUGAAAAUGAUAAUACUGGGUCGACAAUUCAGAGCUAUUCGUUCAAUCAUAGCAGUCGGUAUAUCACCAACACAAGGGGAGCCUCUCGCUACUGUGGAGUCGUUGCUGCGAGAAGUGCUGAGGCUCGACGAGAGCAUGAGUGAUGUAGACCUGUUGAGUAUACGGGAUAUGUUCGAUGAUAGCAACUCCUUAGAACGCGAGAAGUAUGAAGAGUGCCUUGGUGCGGUGUUCGAGAUGUUGAGGUUGGAGAAAGCAUAUCUGUCCAAGAUGAGAGAGUGUUGCGAGGAACAUGCCUUGCCUAAACCGAAGCAUUGGAUUCGCAUGCAUGAGAUCAUUGACGGUGUGGAAGGGGAUAUACAGUGGAAGGAAAACCAGUUGCUCGGUACGGGUUCGCGUGGUCAGUUUUGUGCAAGAAUUAUUUGCCCCUUUGCCCGAAUGCUGACGACGUUGAGUGCCUUUGGGCGUUGUGGAGCGGCCGACCUUUUUUGGGAGGCCUGUGUAAAAACGUUGAUAGCAAUUGAGGCUUAA